UUUGUCAUGCCUGGAGAGAGCUGGGGAAAUCGAAACGUAUCUUAUUGGCUGUCUUCAGUCACUGGGUGUGUCUUCCUGCACAGUGGACUUGUCCGGCCUGGAGGGAGGAAAGGAAAUCGAAACUUAUCUCAUCCUCUAGUUUACAUCAUUGGAUUUGGUUCCUGUUUGGAAACUUUACUGAUCCUCAUGGCAUUUUCGGGUACAGGGACACUGGUGGCUUCCAUUGUCUCCAAGAUGACAUCUUCAGCAGCCAUGGUCAAAGCUGGAGGGGCAGUCUCUGGCACCAUUCUAGCUGGUUCGAAGGGGCUCAUCCUGUUAACACAGAGUGCCCUGGGCUCUGCAACAUCUGCUCUUGGAGCACUGAAGGUUGGCACCAUUUUAUCUUGGUUCCCUGCCUCCGCCUUGGCUGCUUCCCCCAUUGGAGCCAAGGCUGCUGUCACUGUGCUUGGGGGAGCCAUGACAGUAGCUGCUGUACCACCUGCGCUGAGUGCUGUGGGCUUCACCUCAUCAGGAAUUGCAGCCUCCUCUCUAGCAGCGAAGAUGAUGUCCUUGUCAGCUAUUGCUAAUGGGGGCGGAGUCCCAGCUGGUGGCCUAGUGGCCAUUCUGCAGUCUGCUGGAGCUGCUGGCCUCUCCAUGCCAUCUACUGUCCUUGUGGGCUCUGCAGGGUCUGCCGUUGUGGCCAGUGCCAUGAACAUCUGUGAGAAUUUCUACCCUUUUCUCAUGGGAUCAGAGGUGGCAGACAUGGCAACAGAGGUGGCAGACAUGGGAUCAGAGGUGGCAGACAUGGCAACAGAGGUGACAAACAUGGGAUCAGAGGUGGCAGACAUGGCAACAGAGGUGGCAAACAUGGGAUCAGAGGUGGCAGACAUGGGAUCAGAGGUGGCAGACAUGGCAUCGGAGGUGGCAGACACUUUAACAGAAGAGGCAUUGCCCAACUUGUCUAACACAGAGAAGGAUUAAUUAACCCCCAGGCGAACUCUCCUAACACAUAUUGCCUAGGUGGAUAUAAGAAAUAAAGCCAAGU